AUGUCCGCUGCGUCUGUCCUUCCGUACUCUUCUGCCUCCGGUACUCCUCUGCGCAGCAUCCAGAUAAUAGAAGUCCCGGGUUGUCGUAGCCUGCAGCAAGAGGCCUCCUGUUGUCCUGACUGUUGCCAGACUUGCGGUAGGCAAGAAGCAGCCGAUGCUCUGAUGAUGCUCUCAAGUGCUCCUGUUCACUCCGCUUCCGGCUCCCGACCACCGUGCAUACAAGACAAUGCAGCAACAUCAAGCACUAUAGAUAUCCUCGCUCUGGUCAAGCAGGCAUCCCAGCUAAUGACAGCCAUGGUCGACCAGCAAUCCACUCAGCCCGCACCGCAAACCACCAGGAACCUACGCCCGCGCGCUCCUGAAGAGAAAAAGAGGACAACGGGCAAGAGCAAGUCGCUCAUGAAGAAAGACCUGCCUCGUGCCCGUGCUCGAAGCAGCGUGCCAGAGGACAAGCAGGCCGUGCGGUCUCAACUAAAGGCAAAAGCAAUAGCCAUCAAGUGCGCGACAGCGCCUACACCGUACCAGGCCUACAUCAUGACCUGGAUAUUCGAACAUAUCACGCCGUACCCCGACAUUCACUGGCGCUCAAUGAUUGCCGUCGCCAUCAACUGGUCCCUGUUGAGAACCACCCGCUGGUUUGAGAAUCAACGCCGUUGUCUGAACAGGAGCGAGGGGAAGGAGUGGGCGGCUCGCAGCGGCGCACUCGUCCCCACAAUGGUCGAGGAGCGCUGGGUGCGCGUGUGGCCGACCGCAUCGACCGAGCACAACGCGCGGCUCUCAUGGACGGACGAAACAUUCAAGGGGGUCCUGCACCAAUUAAUUGAAGAGCAACGGCCGAAUUUCGGGGCGAAGCCAUAAAAACAAAGGUCACUGAAACAGAACACCAUAUUUAUUCAUGGGCAUUCCUCGACUACCUUGCAUUCAACCAUCUAGAAUUGCAUUUGCUUUACUUCAUUUACGAGCACCGUGCUUUGGAAGCGGUGUCCCGCGAUAUUGAUCGGAUUGGAAAGAGACAUUACUAUUCAUCAUGUCCGCUUCAAUGCAUACCUUCAUACUAGAUCAAAUCUUAUCAUCUGUAUACUCUACGUUCUGUAUGUCUCCGGCACCAGUUCAAUUAAUCUCUAAUCUGAC